CGUCGAUACUGAGAGUUUCAAGCGGAGUAUUAUUCUUAGCUGAAUGGUGUCAAAAGAUGCCAAGCAUUAGAGCUCCAGCUGCCAAGAGGACGACGACUCUCACGGUAGCUGUGAAAUGUCGGCCAUUGACAGAAAGAGAUCGUGGCCGAAAUAUAAUUAGAGUUCAUAACGAUAAGGAAGUACUUGUUUUGGAUCCUGACCUAUCAAAGGACUAUCUGGAUCGCAUACAGAAUAGAACCAAAGAACGCAGAUAUAAUUUUGAUUACGUCUUCGCCCCUAUCUCAACGAAUUUGGACGUAUACCAAAGAAGCAUACAUUCUACAAUAGCAGGGGUGAUUCAAGGUCUGAAUGCAACUGUAUUUGCUUAUGGUUCAACAGGAAGCGGUAAAACAUAUACAAUGGUAGGGACUCAAGAUGACCCUGGACUUAUGGUUCUCAGUCUUAAAACAAUUUUUGAUCUUAUAAAGAAAGAUAAUAGCUGCGAUCAAUUUGAAGUUACUUGUUCUUAUCUUGAAGUUUACAAUGAGGUUAUCUAUGACUUGCUUGAAAGGUCAUCAGGCCACCUGGAACUCAGAGAAGACCCAGAGCAAGGAAUAAUUGUUGCUGGCCUUAGAUGCAUCAAGGUAAACUCAGCUGAUAAGAUUCUAGAACUUUUGAAUUUGGGGAACAGUAGAAGAAAAACUGAAAGCACUGAAGCUAAUGAAACUUCAUCCAGAUCACAUGCAGUUUUGGGGAUAAAUGUGACAAGGAAACAGAGUAAGAAGUAUCCCAAUCAGGUCAUUAGGGGAAAACUUUCCCUUGUCGAUCUUGCUGGCAGUGAACGAGCAUCUGAAACAAAUAGUGGAGGCAAAAAGUUGAGAGAUGGUGCCAAUAUUAAUCGAUCUCUUCUUGCACUAGCAAACUGCAUAAAUGCCCUUGGCAAGCAACAGAAAAAGGGUCUAGCUUAUGUUCCUUAUAGAAACAGCAAAUUGACACGGAUUCUUAAAGAUGGUCUGAGCGGUAAUUCCCAAACAAUAAUGAUUGCUACAGUAUCACCAGCCGAUAGUCAGUAUCACCACACAGUUAAAUUAAAGUAUGCUGACCGAGCAAAAGAAAUCCGGACACACAUCCAGAAAAAUAUCGGCACCAUAAAUACACACGUGUCAGACUACCAAAGGAUGAUCGACACUCUACAGAAUGAAGUGAGUCAGUUGAGAAAGGAGUUAUCAGAAAAAGAAUCUCAACUGAGUGCUAAGCCUGCUGAGAAAUCUGUGCAUGAUGAAAUGUCAUGGUUGGAUGGGUUGAGCCAAGAAACCAGUGAAAAUGUUCAGGAAAGGAUAAACUUGCAGAAGGCUCUAUUUGAACUGGAGGAAACUAACCUUCAUAACCGCACUGAACUCCAACAACUUGAUGACGCUAUUGCAAAACAGCAGGAAAUUGAAAAAGAUGGAGCAGUUGUGCAGGCUUUGAGACAGAGGCGGCAAGUGAUUCUUGACAAUAUCCGUGACAAUGAUGAACUUGGUGUCCAUUACCAGAUGGAAAUUGAAGCAAAUGAGAAGCGCAGGUAUCAGCUACAAGAAAUGAUUGAAGAUGCAAUCAACAACAAUGGCAACAAAACCUAUUUGCGAGUUCUGAGUCAAUACAGACUCCUGGGAAUUGCAAACACUGAGCUCCAGUUUGAAAUGGCUAUGAGAGAUCAAAUUAUUUGCAGCCAGAGGGAAGCACAGAGGAAUAUGUGGAAUCUGCUGCUGAGUUUGGGACUUGAUGAGAAGCAGUUAUUGGAGCUUACCGAGAAACAAGGGAUUACAAUUGAAGACUAUAUGCCAACGCCUCAAGUUGGAGUAAGAUACUAUCAGCCUUCAUUAGAUAUGGGAUGUGGAAGACACUCACCUUCAUCUUGUUCCACGAAUAAUAAGUUGCACACUAGAGCACCCUGUGGUUUUCCACAACACCAAAACUUGAGUGUCAGGUCACUUUCCAAGGACAACUGGACAGUGCCUGGUACAUAUUGCGGAGAGGAGCAUCAUAGUUCAUAUUAUUACAUGUCUCUCAAUCACUCACCGGCAGCAUACAUGAGGCUUAGUAGUCAGCACUGGUUUGGAAAUGGGCCUAACUCACAGUACUGCACCCCUGAUAGAUCUCCUCUUUAUUUGCGUAACUCAUUCCCACAGAUGAGAACCAUGGUCUCGCCUUACAGCAAUAGUAGGCAGGAGCAGGAUAUAUGGACAAACUCUAUCAGUCAACAAAAUCAAGCAACUCUGGGAGUGGGAAUGCAUACUAGUCAGGACACCCAGGGAAGAACCAAUAUGACUUGUGCUAGCGACAUGUAUAAUGUGUUUAGAAAUAGGCCAUUUGAGAAUAUUCCUGCCGGUCCUCAACUUGUUUCUGCAAAAGCCAAUUCCUCUAAUCUACCAGAGACAUCACAGCUACCUUCUUUUGUUACUUCGAGAAAAAGUUCAUUUAGUCCCUGACUGUUGAUUCUUAUCUCUCCAAAGUUCAAUAAACUUUAUACCGACUGCCUAAUCUCUUAGCCUCCUCUUCAUGUCUUUGCGCCCGAGGAUUGUACAUAAUUUUGACUAUACUAGGAGUUAGGACCAUCGAGAGAUGAUUGUAGCCAAGGGCAAACAGCCGAGUCCUUAUUCUGUCCCUUUUCUUGUCCCCUGCGAUUCAAAUCAUUCUUUUACCUUCUCUCUGUUUCAGAAUGUUUCCUGAACUACGUAGGCUCGUGAUUUUGAAUGGGAUUUAAUUGUACAUAUAUGUGGCAGAGGGUAGUAGUAGCAGCAGCCCGAGUUAUCUGUAAUGGAGCAGCGGUAAAGGCACUCAUUCAAACUUCCAUCUACGUUCAGAAAACGGAGAAAUCUAGUGGGUGGUUUCUUCUAGCGUAGAAUUUUUGACAAACAUUGUUGCAAAGCUCGAAGAAUAUUUUGCCACUCGAGUUGCAGCUUCAAUUUUUAUGGGCUACUUCCCUUACAGAUUUCAUAUGUACAAUGCAUUUGAUUAUGCGCCUGAAGGCGUCAUUAUUAGCAUUAGUUACAAAUCAUCACAACAAACUAUUACCACUACUUAUUUUGCUA